AUGGCGGAAGGGGAAGAAGCUGCAGUUGCAAAGGCUGAAGCAGAGUACUUCUCCAAGGACUUCGACUGGGAAUCACUGAAACAACAAGUUGAAAAGAACCCUUCGUAUCAGUUUCAUCUGCUUCCACAUCUUCCUUCUUCCUCGGACGAACAACGGGAGGAAGAGACGAGAGAUUCCAAGGCGUGGCAGAGCUUCCACGUCCGCCAUUCCGCCGGAAAGUUCUUCAAGGAGAGAAGGUAUUUGUUGAAGGAAUUCCCCGAGUUGGCUUCUUCCCCCAAAUUCUCCAAGGUUUUGGAGGUUGGAUGUGGAAAUGGAAGCUCCCUUAUUCCUGUCCUGCGUGGCAACAAGAACAUCACUGUGUAUGCUUGUGAUUGUAGUAGUGAGACUCUUGAGAGGGUUAAAGAGAUUUUGUCUGCGAAUUUGGCAGCAGCAGCUUUGGAUCGUUUCGUUCCGUUCUUCUGUGAUUUUGCUUCAACUGGAUUUCCAGGAUGGUUGGCUUGCCAUUCAUGCAGGGGGAUGGCUCCCCAACGUGAACACAAAAGCUGUUCUGGCGUUGGAGAGUUCCAGAUGACUCAAAUGCGAGGUUUAAGUCCAUUGACAGAAGGUGGCUGCUGCAUUGGCGGGGUGGAUUUUGUUACCCUGAUAUUCACACUCUCAGCUGUGCCACACAAAUUGAUGCCCAAAUCCAUAAAGGAGUGUUUUUCGGUCUUGAAGCCUGGUGGCAUCCUCAUGUUUAGAGAUUACGGGCUCUACGACAUGACCAUGCUGCGGUUUGAGCCAGACAAGAGGGUUGGUUUCAGGGAGUACAUGCGAGGAGACGGUACUCGCUCUUAUUUCUUCUGUCUAGACACUGUCCGGAACCUUUUCCAGGGUGCUGGCUUCAGUGAGAUGGAGCUCGAGUACUGUUGUGUAAAGUCGGAGAAUCGUAGGAAGGGGAAGAUCAUGCAAAGGGUGUGGGUCCAUGGGAAGUUCCAGAAGCCCAUGCUAUAG